AAUGACAAACCACUCCAGAAAACCCCAAAUGGGGUCUUAAAGUCGAACACAACUGAAACCACUGAAGCCUAAAUCUGGUGUUAAGAGAAUCUUUGCUAGUUCAGUUGAUGACCACUGCCAGUCUGUGUGCGAAUGAAUGGAAGGGGGUAUGAAUGGUCUGUCCAUAGGGUACAGGCUUCCAGAAAUUCCAGAUAGGCAAUGUGACCAUGACCUCAGCACUCAGUCCUGGAGCAUGUGAUUUGGGCUUAUCUGGGCCCCCAUGGUGCAGGAUAACUAAAGAACAGUCCCUGGAGAGUGGGCCAGAAAAUGAACACUUUCAGCAGUCUGUCCUACCUUCCUCUUAGCGGAGAGUUGGUUUUUUGGCCAGAGUGCCUGCCUCUUUUUUUUUUUCAGUGAGGCAAUUGGGGUUAAGUGACUUGCCCAGGGUCACACAGCUAGUAAGUGUUAAGUGUCUGAGGCCGGACUUGAACCCAGGUAUUCCUGACUCCAGGGCCGGUGCUCUAUCCACUGCGCCACCUAGCUGCCCCAGAGUGCCUGCCUCUUAGUGAAUUUAUUUAAUAUGCCUUCAAAGACUGUAGAGUAUUUUAAGGGCUGGGUUUCCUCUGGAAAAGGAGGGAGGGUCUUGACAUCAGGCAACCAGCCUCCUGCUGAUGCUCCAGUGGGCAGGUUGGGGAGGGGAAGACAGGUGGCGGGAGAGAGGGUUCCACCUUCUAGUCACUAAUCCUGUCUCUUUGCUGUUCUUGCUUGGGGUGAACUUCCAGAGUGGUGGCUAUGAUCUCGACCUCUUUGCCAGCCCCCCAGACUGUGCCUUGCUAUGUUCUGUCUGCCAUGGGGUCUUCAAGCGACCAGUGAAACUGCCAUGUGGUCAUAUCUUCUGCAAGAAAUGCAUCUUAACCUGGCUGGCUAGACAAAAGACAUGUCCUUGCUGUAGGAAAGAAGUGAAGAGGAAACUGAUGGUCCAGGUGCACAAACUCAGAAAAACCAUUGGCCGCCUGCAAGUCAAGUGUAAGAAUUCCCAGGCUGGCUGCUGUGUCACCUGUCCCUUGUCUCAGCGUAGGAUCCACCUGGACUCCUGCCCUUUUGAACUCACCCCCUGCCCUAAUGCAGGCUGCAUGGCUAGGGUUCAGCGGGCAGCCUUAAUAGAACAUGGCCGGAGCUGUGGACAUGGGCAACAGCAGCGCUGCCCCCUCGGCUGUGGGGCCACACUCACAGCUGUUGAAAGGGAGAACCACAACUGCUACCGAGAGCUCCGAGAGGCCUGGGGCCGUCGACAUCGAAUGAAGCAGAUCCACCGGGCCACCAGCCUCAUCAAAAGGCAGCUGACCCGGCUGGAGGCCUUCCUGGAAGAGGAGGAGGAGGAAGGCAUGGAAGUACCCAACAUCAACAUCGAGGCCACCAGGGCUGCUAUGUAAUGCCUGCCCAGCUGGAUGGUCAGGACUCCUGCCCAGAUCUCCUCCCCUGGGGCUGACCUUCCCCAGGGAAAACUGGGGAAGACCAGGCUACUAUGACUGUAAAUAGAGA